GAGGCAUCGACGAGGCCGGCCUGAAGCGGGAGGGGAAGCACGAGGUGUCCGCCGUGUGGCAGGAGCAGGGCGGCCAGCCGGCCAGCAGCAGCAGUGCACCCGCGCCCGCGGUCGACGACAGGUGGGUCAAGGCGGCAUCUUCGCUGGCCGAGAACCCCGAUAUGCUGAAGCAGGCGACGGACGCCAUGUCGCAGAUGAAGCCGGAGGACCUGGAGAGGAUGAUGGGCAGCCAGCCGUUACCGCCCGGUAUGGACGCCAAGAUGAUGAGGAGCCAGAUGGAGCACCUCCAGAAGAAUCCAGAGAUGUUGAAGACAGCGAUGGAGAGCCUCAAGGCCAUGCCAGAGGACCAGCGCAAGCAGAUGUUGGCCGCGCGCGGCCUCGCCAGCGGCGGCGGCGGUGGCGGCGCGCCCGCGAUGCCGUCGCCAUCCGACGCAUCGGCGAUCUUCGACAACCCCGAGAUGUUGCAGCAGGCCAUUGGUAUGACACAGGGCAUGACCGACGAUGACCUGAGCCGGCUCGGAGUCAGCAGCCCAGAGGAGGGCAAGGCCAUGCGAGAGGCGGCCGCACAGAUGGCCUCGAACCCCGAGAUGAUGAGAUCAAUGUCGGAGAUGAUGAAGAAUAUGAGUCCUGAGCAGAUGGAGAACAUGAUGAACAUGAGCGCGAAGAUGAGAGGCGGAGCUGGCCCUGGCGCUGGAGGACCUGGAGACGGCCCGCCAGACAUGGCCUCGAUGAUGAACGAUCCAGACAUGAUGAAAGCCACAGAGGACAUGAUGAAGAACAUCUCGCCAGAGAUGCUGCAGUCCAUGAUGUCUCCGGAGAUGCUGCAGUCAAUCUCCAAGAGCAGCGGCGUCGAGAUCGACGAGGGGAGGGCCAAGACCAUUGCCAAGGUCUUGCCCUGGGUGCUGCCCUGGCUGAUGCGGUUCAUGCGCUGGUUCAGCUACCUCAGAAAGGUCUGGUCAUCCUCGUGGAACCGGAAGCGAAUAGGUCUGAGCGUCCUGGUCGUCAUCGUUGCCAUGAUACAGCACUACCGCGGUUGGUGAGCCGCACGCUUCCUCCCUGCCUCCUUGGCGGGGCGCGACGCUGUCACGGGCUUUCCUUUGAGAAUCAAAACGCAGCAUAAGCGUACGUAUACGGUCGGAGUUCCGCGCGGAUCUCGUGGGUCAGCGCUGGCCCCCCUAUCCCCAACAUCCCUUGGCAGAAGCGUUUCUCCGGCGCCGCCCCUC